AUUUUCAUCCUCAAAGAUGCCACCUCGGAGUUCAAGAAUGCUUCCUGAAACUGAGUUGGAAAACUCCGUCGUCCAAGAUACCGAAGAUUAAGCAGAAUUGUUUUCGAAUCUGCAAGUCGGAAGUGGAUCUCAAGGCUUUCACAACAGUAUGAGCGUCGAGGGAUGGUUCGAGAUACGAUACCCACUGAACCUGGCGACGGCGAAGUCCUUUUUGGAAAGUCUCAGGUCUCAGGAUUGGCAACUUGGGUAUGAGAACGUCUGCGAACCACGUAUUGAACUGCAGAGCUUGGUAGUGGAGGCAUUGUUGGAGAAAAAUCGUAAAGUUGCUGAAGAAGUGCAUGGUUAGUGCUGUUUAAAUUGAGUUCGUACUUGUCUGAUAUCCUUCUUAACUU